AUGAUCUUGAGUGCGAAAGAGUUAGACAUCGGAGAAUCUCCUCCGAAAGAAGUCUCACUGCCCGGUUCGCAUCCUCUUGCCGAAGAAAUCAAUCGAAUUGCAGCGGAGCAGUUGAAGUAUGCACAAGCUGGAGUGCACGAUCACGUAUGGGAAUUGUUCACAGAAGAGGGCGAAAUGAAAAUGUACAAGAGAGAAUUGCAAAUCGAUGGUAUCAUUUGUGAUCCUCUAAAAGCAGUUCAUUGUGUUGAGGUUUGUGAAUUGCUCGAAAUUUGUAGCGAUUUGAAAUUUCCUGGCCAAAUAUUGAAGGAUAAGGUAGAAAAUGAUGAAAAAAAUAAUUGGCCAACACAUGGGCUGCUCGUGCGAAGAUGCGUUUUUUGCAUAGUUCUCCGCAGUUUUUGUCGCUACCGGUACUGGUUUUUUCGGCAAAUGCUUCUAGAUAAACAAAUUAAGACUGGCCGCCUGAACUGGCAGGAAACACCCCCUUAA